UUUGUAGUUGUGCUGAUCGGAGAUUCUGGAGUUGGCAAGAGUAACUUGCUGUCAAGAUUUACACGAAAUGAAUUUAACUUGGAGAGUAAAAGUACGAUUGGCGUAGAAUUUGCCACGCGUAGCAUCCAGGUAGAUGGUAAAACGAUAAAGGCCCAGAUAUGGGAUACUGCAGGACAGGAGCGAUACAGAGCCAUUACCAGUGCGUACUACCGUGGUGCUGUGGGUGCGUUACUAGUAUAUGACAUAGCCAAACACUUAACAUAUGAAAAUGUUGAAAGAUGGCUAAAAGAACUGAGGGACCAUGCAGACAAUAAUAUAGUCAUCAUGCUAGUGGGCAACAAGAGUGAUUUGCGACAUCUUAGGGCAGUUCCUACAGAUGAAGCAAAAGCAUUUGCAGGUAGGACUAAUUCAUUUCUGUUUAUUAGGAACUAG